UUCAGUCAAAACUCUCUCCAUUUUCGUUUGCCCCAAAUCUAAAGCGUCGUGAUUUCCGAUUCUUAUCUUGAUUCUUGUUCAGAUCGUUUGAGUUUCAGGCUUGGAAUUCGCCGCCUAAUCGAGGAUCGGGAAAUUCAGGCAGUACGAGAAGCGGGGCUCACAUACGAAUGCCCUAGUGAAUAUAUGCAGGUGUGAGCUCGUGAAAUAAAGAUGGUAAAAUUGACCAUGUUAGCUAGGGUCAUUGAUGGCCUUCCUCUAGCAGAGGGAUUGGAUGAUGGUCGUGAUGUCCAAGAUUCUGACUUUUACAAACAGCAAGUAAAGUCGUUAUUCAAAAACCUUUCAAGGGGCCAGAAUGCACCUUCAAGAAUGUCUGUAGAAACAGGGCCCUAUGUAUUCCAUUAUAUUAUUGAAGGGAGUGUUUGCUACUUGACAAUGUGUGAUCGGGCUUAUCCGAAGAAGCUUGCAUAUCAAUAUCUAGAAGACCUGAAAAAUGAAUUCGAGCGUGCAUAUGGAAAUCAGAUCGAAACUGCUGCAAGACCUUACGCUUUCAUCAAAUUUGAUACGUUCAUACAAAAGACAAAGAAGUUGUACCAGGAUACAAGAACUCAACGGAAUAUUAACAAGUUAAAUGAUGAGUUGUAUGAAGUUCAUCAAAUAAUGACUCGCAACGUGCAAGAAGUUCUUGGUGUUGGUGAAAAAUUGGACCAGGUCAGCCAGAUGUCCAGUCGACUGACGUCAGAAUCUCGCAUAUAUGCAGAGAAGGCAAAAGAUUUGAACCGCCAGGCUUUGAUUCGCAAAUGGGCCCCUGUAGCUGUGGUUCUGGGAGUUGUAUUUCUUGUUUUCUGGCUUAGAAGGAAGUUUUGGUGAUGCUGCUUCAGCUCGACUCAGCAGUUUCCCGGUUCUCAAUUGCAUUCACCUUCGAUUUAUGAGUAUAACUAUCACAAUGACUAGUGUAUUUUUGACAAUGCAAAGAUGUUGGAAAGUGAGGAGGUUAUUGGAUUUAAGAGACUAUUGGUAUCUCCAUGAUCUUAUUAUACACAUGUUUACUUUCUUAUAUACUCUUUAAUAUAGUUGAUACUAUAAAAACA